AUGAGGGAAUCGCUUGGCAAGUUAUUACCAGCUCCUUGUGUGGAUGCUGCUCGGAAAAUCAUUAGCGACGAAAAGUUGGAUACCAUAUUUGACAUGGCAGGCACGUUGCAGAUGAUUAAAAUUAAGGCCGAUAUUGACAAGAUAGUCCAGCGCACCAUAAACUGGUAUGUGUUGGGGAGAAGUCAACCAGCAUACUACAGCUUCAAGGAAGGCUUGCGAGCCUUAGGUGUACUCGAAGCCAUGUUGAAAUACCCAAAUUUGUUCAGAGAAACAUUUUGUUACAAUUCAGAACAUUUAACCGUUGGCAUGAUAAUGUCUGUUUUCAAAGUGAAGCGUGCAGAAGAAGGUUAAAUAGAAGAAAUGUUGAAAGUCUAGUCCUGUCACACUAGUAUGACUUCCUGCAAGACACCGAAGAAGACCCCACACAAAUGAACCUCUCGGAAAUUUUGUUCUUUGCAUCUGGUUGCAAAAUCUUUCCUCCCCAAGACUUACAUUGUGAAUUACAAUUUCUGCACGAAACUGAAAAAGAUGAAAAGUUAUCUAAGUUUCCUAAAGCUAACACGUGCGCGUGUAUCCUUAAUCUGCUGGUUGUUCAUGGUGAUUACGAUAGCUUCAAGAAUGCAUAGUGUUCGGCAUUAAAAAUGCUCGCGCAUUUGGCUGUGCAUGAACAAUCGUAUAUAUACAUCCAGUACUAUACCAGUAUUUGACUAUAUGGAUUGAGAAAAAAUGUUUGCAUUAGUUGAGAUUAGCAUAACAGUUGAGUUUUGUUUAGGAGAACAGUGUUUUUAUUUGUAUCAUACUGAUGCAACAACCUGUUUUAUAUCGUGUUUUAUAUAGUAAACAAAUAUGAUGAACCAGUAAAGAUGAACCAGUUUCAAUCGGCCCAUGUUCACUCUCCUCCCACAGAAGUAAUUAUACAUGCUGGUACUAACAACAUAAUCACCGACUCUACCAAAGAAUGUUUCGAUAAUAUUCAGCUUCUAAGUUCCAGAAUAAAGAGCAUGUUUAAGGAAGCUAGAAUCACGAUAUCCAGCCUUAUAACGAGAGAGGAUAUUGAUGUAACAUUAAAGACACAAGAACGAAUGAGUUAUUAA